UGGAUCGGUCCAUUGAUGUCACCAUCGGCUUUCGAUAAAAAGUAGGGGCGAACUUGCAACUGAACAUCAGUUUAUUUCAAUCGGUCGAGUCAUCAAGGUGAAACUCCGAACUCAGCACCAUGAAAUUCACAUCGGCGGUGUUGCUGGUUCUGCUUGGGGCCUUUUACUUCCACGGGGCCGAAGCAGUGACGGGUUCAACGAUUGCCCAAGUUGCUCGAGGGUACACGGGAAGCACAGUGUGGUCCUUUGUCUCGUCCCACCGGACCGGGAGGAAUACAAACAAGUGUAACAUCUUCGUGGCUGAAGUUCUAGAAGAAGCCGGGGCUACCGUACCACACCGCUGGCCUCGAUGGUUGAGGUGGUCCCCAGUCGGAGCUGGGGAAUGGGGCAACCGAUAUUCCUCCUACCUGAGUGAAGACAGAUGCUGGACCUACAGCAGCACCGCAGGUCUUGGGUACGUGGCCGGCGAUGGGAGACACGUUGCAAUCGUGACUGGCACCCGCCAAACUACAAGCGCAAGGAGUGACAUGGUUGUAACCAACGACUUUGGCUUCAGAAGCAGCCAGGAGGGCUCAAUUAUCUUCUGGAAGUAUACUUGUUAAUUUACGCGCAAUGAUAAUACAAGUGACUGUCAUAAAAAAAUGCGCGCUGUUGACUAAUAUAACGAAGUAAUCCGCAUGCAAACUGUCAUUCUAAACGCUGUUCAAACGUUGCCUUCCUCUGUGUUUUUUUUUAGUUUCAAUCCCAAAAUUAAAUGCUUAAUUGCUUUUUUUCUAGCAAUACAAAAGUUAUUCGUUUUUUGAUGAGACGUCAACCACAAAUUAGUUAGGCCAACACUCAGUUAUUGAAUUAUAGCUUUGCAAUCUUCGAAUUACUUGUGUCCCGACAACAGUCAAUCCGUUCUUGGUAAUGUACGGACCGGGAACCAGUCUGCUCACAAGGUUGAUCUGUUUGUGCCCAAAAUAAAGACCUCUUUUUUUUCUGUGAGCGUUGCAGAUCCCCCAACCAAAAUAAGGGUGAAAUGAGACUUUUAAUUGUAAUAUAUAAGAGUAACGUACAAGUUGAAAUGUAUUCAGAGAGAAAGAAAGAAAUUCGAAAUUGGUGAAAAACACGGGAAACGAAACUUUAAGCUAAAACAAUGAUACACAGGGUGACCCAAGAAAAUGCAACCCUAAACGUUUACCUUUAACCAAAAAGGGAUCGGUGAAAUGUUUAUGUUUUGGGAAAAGCUGAGAGAUUUUCCUUUUAAAUACUGAGAAAAUCAUGAAAAUGACACUUUCGGUUGCCGAAAAAUGCCAAUAAUGUAAAAGUAAUAAUUUUUCAUCCUGUUUACAAAACAUUACCACAAUAAGGGAUUUUCACUGUAUUUGUGCAUGUCCCAAUCCUUACAGCACAUAAUAUGACAAGAGUACAUUCAAAUGAAUUUGGUGGAAAUACCUUUUAUUUUCCACCUGAAC